AUGUCUGAGUCCAAGGAAUUCACCCUCGCGGAGGUCACCACCCACAACACCAAGAAGGACCUGUACAUGGUCAUUCACGACAAGGUCUACGACUGCAGCAGCUUCGUCGAUGAGCACCCCGGUGGUGAGGAAGUCCUUCUGGACGUCGGUGGCCAGGACGGUUCUGAGGCGUUCGAGGAUGUCGGCCACUCCGACGAGGCGCGUGAGAUUCUCGACGGUCUGCUCGUCGGCACCGUGAAGCGCAUGCCCGGUGACCCCGCCCCCAAGGCUCAAGCCACUUCCACCUCCUCCUCUUCUUCCUCGUCUUCCUCCGCCGGCUUCGGCGUCGGCCUGUACGCCGUCAUCCUCAUCGGUGGUGCUAUUGCCUACGGUGCCUACAACUACCUCCAGUCCCAGCAGACUUCGCAGUAG